CGGUAGCAGGGGGUGGUAGUAGAAGGCAUAAGCUCUGUUCUCUGACCCUCAAGUGUUUGAGCCUAUUUGCGCAACGAAAAAAUGAGCAUCAAAAGCAUUAAUGGAAAGAGCCCCAUAGUGGUUGGACCUUGGGGAGGGACAGGAGGGUACCCUUGGGAUGACGGCGUGUACUCAACAAUACGCCAGAUCGUGAUUGGCCAUGGUGCAGCUAUUGACUCAAUAAGGAUUGAAUAUGAUCUGAAAGGAAGGUCGGUUUGGUCAGAAACGCAUGGAGGUACUGAUGGUGGCUCCGAAACAGAUAAGGUGAAACUAGAUUUUCCAGAUGAAGUCCUCGUGUCUGUAAGUGGACACUACGGAUCUGUCUGCGGGACACCGGUCAUCAUAAGAUCGUUGACGUUUCAGAGCAACAGCUCGACGUACGGACCCUUCGGCACCGAGGAUGGCACACCUUUCUCACUCCCAGUUAGCAGUGGCAAGAUCAUUGGAUUCCACGGGCGGUCUGGGUCGUAUCUCAACUCAAUCGGUUUCUACCUGAAGCAGGUGCAUUUUCCAACUCCAGUGAAUCCUUCUCCAGCUUCACCUCUGAGCCUCCCGAGUCCACAAAGUAGAAACAGCGCCUAUGGCCUCACCGGUGGCGACGCUAGACCUGACAUGGUUCUCGCCGUGCGAGACAGAGGAGACAGCUAUGCUGUCUACGCGAGCAAUCACCCCAAACAGCAGUACACAAACCCGUCACCGGACGGAGCAAUCUGGAACAAGAUGGUUUCUGUCCCCAGUUACUACGGAGAUACUACAGGAGCUGCAGCCGUGGGCGGCAGCCCUCAGACCUAUGGCCCCUGGGGUGGGAGCGGCGGCACCAUAUUUGACGACGGCGUGUACACUGGCGUGUGGCAGAUCAACUUGACGCGCGCAGUGGGAAUCUCUUCUAUCAAGGUUCUGUAUGAUCGGAACGGGCAGGCCGUGUGGGGUAACAAGCAUGGUUUCAGCAGCGGUGUCAUACCAGACAAGAUAAUAUUCGACUUCCCGUCAGAGGUGCUGACUCACAUAACCGGGUUCUACGAUUCAGCAAUAAUCAUGGGCCCGACCGUGGUCAGGUCUCUGACGUUUCACACGAACAAGCGGACGUACGGGCCGUACGGCGAUGAGUACGGCACGUACUUCUCCACGAGCUUUACCAAUGGAAGGAUAGUGGGGUUUCAUGGCCGGGAGGGGUGGUACAUCGACGGCAUUGGAGUCCAUGUUCAGGAAGGCAAGGUGGCGCAGCAGCGGUUUGUUAGCAGACCGAAGACUCCGACUAGCCCAUUGGUGCAUUACAACAUGCUCGCCCAGGCGCCGAGUGCUACUUACACGGACGGCGAGGUUGCUUAUGGCAUGGUGAAAGAACCGGUCCCGAUGGGACCAGGGCCAUGGGGUGGGGAGGGAGGUCGGGCAUGGGACGACGGGGUUUACACUGGCGUGAAGCAGAUCUACGUCAUGAGAGGAGCGUUCAUCGGGUCGAUACAGAUCGAGUAUGACAGGAGCGGCCACUCCAUCUGGUCUUCAAGGCACGGGAACAGCGGCCACAUCACCCACAGGGUGAAGCUGGACUUCCCGCACGAAGUGCUGACGUGCGUGUACGGCUACUACAACACGAGCAAGGAGGACGGGCCCCGGGUCCUGAGGUCGCUGACGUUCCUCACCAACAGGGGCAAGUACGGGCCGUUCGGCGACGAGUUCGGCGCCUACUUCUCGUCGGCGACGACGGAGGGGAAGGUGGUGGGGUUCCACGGCCGCAGCGGCCAGCACCUGGACGCCAUCGGCGUGCACAUGCAGCACUGGCUCGGGGACAGGAGGCCUGCCCCCAAGUACGUGCUGUCCAAGUACCUGUUCUGAUUCAUCACCUGGCUGCUCGGGUUACACGUAUCUAAUUUUGGGCGGGUGGAUUCUAAUUACUUGUAUCAUCACCAUUUAUUGGUUCGGGGCAUACUCAUGCUUGAUUUCGUAUCGAUUAAUUGAAAAGAAGUACAUCAUC